AUGUGGAAGUGGUUUCGGAAAGAGGCGGAAGUACCACCGCCGGUGGUUCUAGUUCCACCGCUCUUCGAUUUCCCUCCCCUCGCCGCUCGUGACAGAAUGCUCGAAUCAUCCUACGACGUCGUUUUCGGGAAGCUCGCGUUGAGGUGUCUCUUCAACGAUUACUUUCAGCAACCGAAGCAUUUCAUCACUAGAAUCAUGCUUAAGCCAAUCGACGAUCCUCACGUCGAUCUCAUCGCUACAGUUUCAGGUCCUCUUGAUCAAAAGCCUGAAGAAAACAUCAAUGGAAAUGCUUCGUUUCGCUGGCAAAGUGACGUAAAUGAUCCUCAUACAUUCGUAGACCUUUAUGUAUCAACAUCUGAUCCGGUUUUGCGGAUGAGGUCGUGUGCUUACUAUCCCAGAUAUGGAUUUGGGGCCUUUGGAGUGUUCCCUUUGCUAUUGAAGAAAAGAGAAACGUCCCAAGAUUAUGGCCUAAUGGGAUUGAGAUACGGUUCGGGAAAUCUAUCAUGUGGAGUCACACUUAUGCCUUUUGCCAUGAAAGACGAAGUACCAAAAAGUGUAUGGUUGGUGAGCAAGAUAGGAAGGGUAACAGCCGGGGUGCAGUUUGAGCCACACCAUGCAAAUGCAAAACUUUCAAAUUUGAUGAACUGGAGUUGUGCCAUGGGUUACGGCGUGGGAUCUGGCAGCCCUUUGAGCCCGUCUUUCAAUUUCAGUCUUGAGCUUGUCAAAAGCUCUCAGUUUGUUGCCUCAUUUUAUCAGCAUAUGGUUGUUCAAAGACGGGUGAAGAACCCCCUUGAAGAGAAUUCUGUUGUUGGAAUUACAAACUACAUUGACUUUGGGUUUGAGUUACAAACAAGUGUUGAUGACGCGAUAGCAGCAAACAGUAUCUCAGACUCCACUUUUCAAAUAGGUGCAUCCUGGCAAGCCAAUAAGAACUUCUUGCUGAAGGCAAAAGUUGGACCUAAAAGCUCAACAAUGGCUGUUGCAUUCAAGUCAUGGUGGAAACCUUCUUUCACGUUCAACAUUUCAGCCACCAGAGAUCGUGCAGACGGUCAAUUGCAAUAUGGAUUUGGCCUCCAAAGUGAAAGUCUCAGAGAAGCCAGUUAUCAAAGAGCUGAUCCCAAUUUCGUAAUGCUUACGCCAAGCAAAGAACACCUAGCCGAGGGCAUUGUUUGGCAAACAGGAAAACGACCUAUGCUCCAAUCUGACAUAGAUGCUGGACAUUUUGAUGGCUUACCCAGAGAAUUGAGACCUCUUGACAAAAUUUUGUAA